GCCGCCCUGGUUUCGUUGCUCAGCUUUGACAGGAGUCCAACUGUUGCACAGCGGAUCUUGGAUAUUACUCAACUCCAGGAGGUUUCACUGAUGUCAGGAUAGAAAAUGUUGUUCAGUCCAUCAGGUUUGUCUGAAUGUUUACGAGAAUGGGAAGAUUUAGAGAAGAACUACCAACAAAUCCAGGAUACUCAUCGUCUAUACAAACAGAAACUUGAGGAAGUUACCAAACUGCAAGACAGCUGCUCCGGUGCCAUAGCACGCCAGAGGAAGAAACUGAAAGAGCUCACUGUGUCACUAGAAGAAUGCAAAGAAAAUCCCCAAACAACCAAAUUAAGUCCAGAGGAUGUGGAUGCUAUCACCGAAAUCGAGGACUCCAUUAAAGACAGAGCAGAUGCUUUCUCUGAAAUGGAAGCUUUUCUGCCAAAGAAGAACGGGUUAUACCUCACUCUUGUUUUAGGAAACGUCAAUGUAACACUCCUCAACAAACAGUCAAAGUUUGCCUACAAAGACGAGUACGAGAAGUUUAAACUGGUCCUCACGGUCAUCCUCUUCGUCUUCUCCUUCACUUGUCGCUUUUUGCUCAGCUACAGAGUGCUAGAUGCCCUGUUUAACUUCCUGUUGGUGUGGUAUUAUUGCACACUCACCAUCCGGGAGAGUAUCCUCAUCAGCAACGGUUCAAGGAUCAAAGGUUGGUGGGUUUUCCAUCACUAUGUGUCAACUUUCCUGUCUGGAGUCAUGCUCACUUGGCCUGACGGCGCUCUCUACCAGAUGUUUAGGAACCAGUUUCUAACAUACUGUCUAUACCAAAUAGGCUUUGUCCAGUUUCUUCAGUACUACUACCAGAGCGGCUGUUUGUACAGACUCAGAGCGCUGGGAGAAAGACAUAACAUGGACCUUACAGUCGAGGGUUUCCAAUCUUGGAUGUGGAGAGGCCUGACCUUCCUCCUUCCUUUCUUGUUCUUUGGUCAUUUCUGGCAGCUCUACAACAGCAUAACACUCUUCAAGAUGUUUCAGCUCCCGGAGUGUAAAGAGUGGCAGGUUGCGAUGUGCGGCUGCUCUUACAUGGUGCUCUUCCUGGGAAACUUCUUCACCACACUGGGAGUGGUUUACCAGAAAUACAUGAAGAACCAGGACAAGUCCAAGAGCUUCUAAGACUAGAAUAACAACCAGGGCAGAAUCACCAAAAAUCCUUCAUGCUAUUGAAAACAUACAAAGUUACUGUCGCUCUAAGAUUCUCUUGAGAGCUUUAUCAGUGUUAUGAUUGUUGUCCUUGUGGACCAUUUACAUGUACUGCACCUAGUAUCCAUGUUCUCCUAAGUUCAUAUUUGUGUAAAUGAUGGUCAAAGCAACAUGUUAGACAGGUAGGUCAUAGACAUUAUCACACUGACCUGUCAAAAAAGUAAUAAAAAAAAAA